AUGCAUGGUAUCACAGAUCAUAUCCUCCACUUUCUAUCCCAGCAUUGGCUGGUUGUAUCCAUAAUCGCCGUGUUCCUGUGGGUGGGGAAAAAUAGGUAUCAUAAUGGUCUACACAAAUAUCCUGGCCCAUUCUUGGCCUCCAUCACAGACUGGUGGCGCUUCUUUGAUGUUUAUGGCCGCCGGCCCGAAGUCACCCACAGAGCCCUUCACAAGAAGCAUGGUGAUGUUGUUCGACUUGGACCAAACACCCUCUCCUUCUCUGAUCCUCAAGCUCUGAAGACAAUUUACGGCUUAAACAAGGGAUUUAUCAAGUCUGAUUUCUACGUUGUGCAGCAAUCUGUUGCAAAGGGCCAUCGUUUGCAGUCCCUCUUCAGCUCGACAGAUAAUGACUUCCAUGCCCGAUUCCGCCGCUGUGUGAACUCGGCUUUUGCAAUGUCUUCCUUGGUCCAGUACGAGCCCUUUGUGGAUAAUACGACCAAGCUAUUCUUGCAGCAGACCAAAGACAUUUAUGUCAACAAUUCUGAGGGCUGUGACUUUACUCAAUGGUUGCAAUUCUAUGCAUUCGAUGUGAUCGGGGAGAUUACCUACAGCAAGAGACACGGCUUUGUUGAGCACAACAAAGAUGUCGACGGUAUUGUGGCCUACUUGUCGUGGCUAUUUCUCUAUGUCGCCCCGAUUGGGCAAAUCCCCUUCCUGGACCUUCUCUUGCUCAAGAAUCCCAUCUACCUGAAGCUCUCCCAAUGGGGAUUCAUUGAUGCCACUUUCCCCGUCGCCCGGUUCGCAGGUAAUCGCAUGGCCGAGCGAAUGCCCGAGCUAACAAAGGGCAAUAUUGAGCCGGUCCCCGGGGCAAAGUCGCUCGACUUGCUGUCCAAGUUCCUAGCAGCGCACCAGAGCCAUCCUGAUUUUAUGACUGAGACCCUAGUCCAGACCAUGGCUGUCAGCAUGGCAUUCGCGGGCUCCGAGACAACUGCCAUCAGCCUUUCAGCGGUUUUCUACUUCUUGCUCAAGCACCCUCAAGCCUUGGCCCGUCUUUGCUCUGAGAUCGACGAUGCUGCUCGUUUGGGAGCUUUUGCGGACUCUGAGACUGGUCUGGUUUCCUGGCAUGAAAGUCAACGUCUUCCUUACCUUGACGCGUGCAUCAAAGAAGCAUUCCGACUGCACCCAGCUGCAGGUCUGCCACUCGAGCGGGUUGUGCCGGAGGGUGGAGCGGACAUUGCGGGCCAUUUCGUUCAGGGCGGGACGAUUGUUGGCUGUUCGGCCUGGCUAAUUCACAUGAAUAAGAGCAUCUUUGGCGAAGACGCGGAGGCCUAUCGUCCGGAGCGGUGGUUACCAAACGCAGAAAUUAUCAAGACCGAGAAUGGUAAGGAGGAUGAGGAUCGUCGCAUAAAGGAGAUGAAUGGGACGAUGUUCCAGUUCGGAAUGGGCAGCCGGACGUGCAUCGGAAAGAAUAUUAGUCUGCUUGAAAUUUACAAACUCGUCCCAAGCAUGUUGCGAAGAUUUGAGAUUCAAUUCACGGAUCCGAGCCAGGAAUGGGAGCUAGUCAAUGCUUGGUUUGUCAAGCAGAAGAAUUUCACCACUUCCUUUCAGCUUCGGGAGAUUGUUAAACCCGAGGUUGAAGCCUAG